AAAGAAAGCUGUCUAAGCUUACAGAAUGACCGAUAGAGCGAGUGACCUGGCAGCGUUGUGUAAAUGUCCAACGUUACUGUAGUUCUCGAUCCAACGGACGAUUCGAGAAUGUUUUUGAGAGUUUUGACUUUGAGGGGCGUUCGAACUCAGGACCAUUCAGAAAUGUGUGAAAACAAGUCGAGAGCAGGAGAUGGAAGGCUCAGAUUGGUGCAUGAUGGGAAGCAUUAUGACGUCACUGAGUUUGCACAGCGCCACCCGGGAGGGAAGCUGGUACUGCAGAGAUAUCAAGGUCAAGACUGGAACAAACCACUGCUGGGGCAGGUGGGUCAGCUUGGCGACCUGUACGAUGAGUGGGUUCACUAUCCCGUGGAGAAACCGUACCGACUCUUCAGCUCGGAGGUGUGCGAGUUCUUCUCUCGCUGCCCGUGGUUCCUGGUGCCAACGCUGUGGCUGCCGCUGGUGGUGUACUUCGCCUUCACGAGCAUCGUGGAGUUACGGCAGGGUCAAGUGCAGGUCUUCACACAAACAUGCAGUGCCUUAAAGUUCACAGCACCAGUGUCCCUGUUCCCUGUGGUAUUUGCUGCUGGUGUGAUGUUGUGGACCUUCUGGGAGUACUGUUUACAUCGCUUCCUGUUCCAUUCCAAAGCCGUGACCAGCUCACCCGGACUCAUCAUCGCACACUUCUUACUACAUGGACAACAUCAUAAGGUGCCAUUUGACCCCGGUCGCCUGGUGUUCCCGCCCGUGCCUUGUUCCGUGUUCGUGACACUGUUUUACGUGCUGUACUCCCUGCUGCUGCCCCGCGCCCUGGUGCAUGCCCUGGUGUCCGGGAAGCUGUGCGGUUACGUGUGCUACGAUCUGACCCACUACUACCUGCUCCACGGAUCACCCAGAGAGGACUCCUAUUUCCACAGACUGAAGUCCUACCAUGCCAAACAUCACUUCGUACACCAAGAGACAGGGUUUGGAAUUUCUAGCAGGUUCUGGGAUCGUCCGUUCGGAACGCUGAUUCCAGGCUCCUGAGGAGAGAUUUGUGAGUGUCCAGUAAAGGCUGCUCCAUUGAACAGUUCAGGGGGAAGUCAAAACGCUUUUGGACACCCUAACCAUUUUAUUUCAUCACCAUCUCUUCACGUAUGAAAUGGUUUGACCCUACAAGGGGGUCUAUACUGAAGUUCUGGGUUUUAUAUGGGUUCAAACAUGUAAGGUAGAAGGUGUGAUGUAAAUGACACUGGAGGUUUUAGGAAAACCAGACAGCAAGACAAAAAUACUUACAAUUCUCCAAGUAUCAUAUUACACCACUUUUGCCUUACAUGCUGCCAUUUUUCAAUAUUCACAUCGGUACAGACGCACACCAAGACAAACAAACAAAUGCAUCAACUUCCAAUGGAAGUAAACAGAAACAACACAGAUGUGUGAAAGAAUGUUGGGAUAAAAAGAAAAGUCUAAAGCAUUUUCAACCCACCUGAAUUCUCAAUGGAAGUAGCCUUCUGGACAAUCAGAGUAUGCUGCAUAUCAUACAGUUAGGUAUACUGUAAAGAUUAAUUGCUCUACAAUUGAACAGGCUGCAGUAAUAAGUGCCCUUAAUUCACAAAAUGAAUGUACAUAUCAUUAUCUAUUUUACAGCAUAGAUAAAUUAUAAGAGUUCACAUAUCCAUCCUCACAAUAUAUAUUAUAUAUAUCAACAGUAGCAAUAGCAUUGUGAGCUGAUUUGUAGCUAAAAUGUAUUUUGAUAUUUACAGUCAGACCUGUACAAGUGACCACCUUUACAUGGAUAAUUUUUCCCUUUGACACAAGCAUUAAAAAUGCUGUCUAUAGUGAGCACCUGUCCAUAUAGAUCAGUGCCCUGAGUGGUCCUCUUGUGCAGUUUUGACUGCAUAUGUUUAGCGGGUGCAAGCUUCAGUGUUUGUUACCUGUGAUGGAUGCUGGCCUCAUUUUAGGGGCAUUAAAUUUCAUAGUGCUGUGGAUUGUAUAACUAGGUGGAGAUGCUGUAUAGUUCUAGGUUGUAGGAUCCUUUGUCACUUGCUUCUGUGUGAUGAAUUUUGUGUGUACUGUUGGGCUUCCCUAUCUUGAUUAUAUGGAUGACAUCUACCCGUGCAUCAAUCUCAUCUAUUUCCCUCCCCAAAAUUGCAACCAUACCGUGCCCAGAGCGUGUCAUCCAUAUAAUCAAUUCAGUUUGGCCUUACAGGAACUGACAAUCAUAUCAAAUGUGUGUAGGGUUGUGUUACAUUGUUUGGUUAGAAUAGAAAAGGUUCAUA